UACUAUAAAAACCCUCCAACAAUUAUCUUCACUUCAUAACUUCUUUUCAAUUUCAAAUAUCAUCUCUUCCUUUCACUUCGCUUACAAUUUGAAUCAAGAGUUCUUCUACCUUACUGCUCUCAUCUCACAUAUCAGAAGCUUUCCAUAACAAUGAUGAAAGUUGUGUUAAAGUUGGAGAUAAAUGAAGACAGAAUCAAGCAAAAAGCUAUGAAGGCAGUCUCUGGCAUUUCAGGAGUUGAGUCAGUUUCAGUGGACAUGAAAGACAAGAAAUUAACCUUAAUAGGAGAUAUUGAUGCAGUAAAAGUAGUUGGUAAGCUAAGGAAGUUUUGUCACGCUGAAAUCAUUUCUGUUGGGCCAGCUAAAGAGGAAAAGAAAGAUGAACCUAAAAAGAAAGAAGAUGCUAAGAAGGAUUCAACAAAAGAAAAUAUUGUGAUAAAUCCUUUCAUGUUCUAUGGAACACAAGGCUAUUAUAAUCAUCAAAUGAAACCACAAUACAAUCCUUAUUACGGUGCUGUUAGCGUUGAAGAGGAUCCUAAUAGUUGUGUUAUCAUUUAAAUUUUUUAUAUUAUAUUUGAUAAAAAGUUAACAGAAAAGUAAUUGUAUAGUUGUUUCUUUUUGUCUUGUAAAAUUAGUAUAUUGAUUAUAAUAUGAGGCUUGCAUGACUAUUCUUUUACA